AUGGGGGACUUUGACGCCCCGCGGUAUGUGGAGACGGGGCGUCCAGAAGGGUUUCGACGUUUCGGUCGCGAUGAGAAGCUUCGGUCGCUGGGGAUUUUGGAUGGGCUGGAGGUUAUGUACAAAGGUUUCACGCAAUGGUAUUACAACAACAACUACUACUAUUACUACUAUUACUACUACUACUACUACUACUACUACUACUACUACUACUACUACUACUACUACUACUACUACUACUACUACUACUACUACUACUACUACUACUCGUGUAGUUCGGUAGUUACUCCCAACAAGUCAGCACCUAAAAUUGAAAAUUCCUCGAAGUCUCCUUUCAUUCCUACCUUUAUUGACCAGUCAGUCGCACAUGAUGCUCUCUGGACGUACGCUCCCUCAGUCCAUCACCCUCUCCUGUGGCCAGUCGGCCCAUCCGAGAGCCACUGA